CGCUCCCGCUCCCGCUGCCGCCACAGUCCGCGGGCGGUGCCGUCCCGGCCGGAGCAGCGGCAUGUGCGAUCCCGCCGUGUCCCUCUUCCUCACCCAGACGCUGUGCGCCCAUGGCGGGCGGCUGCCGCUGCGGGAGCUGCAGGAGGACGUGGGGCUGUCGGCGCCGCAGCUGCAGGACACGCUGCGGGCGGCGGGGCCCCGGCGGUUCCUGGUGGCGGGGGGCGGCCGGGCGGUGCUGGCCGUGACGGACGUGCGGGUCUGCGUCCGCAAGGAGUGCGACGGCUGCGAGCGGCUGCACCUCUGCAAGCUGCACCUCAUGGGCAGGUGCAACCUGGGGCCCAGCUCUUGUAAGUACUCGCAUGACAUCAUGAAUGAGGAGAACAGGAAAAUUCUAAAAAAACACGGUUUGUCUGGCCUCAGUGAGAAUGAGCUGCAAGUCCUGCUUCUCCAAAACGACCCAUUCUUCCUCCCUGAUGCCUGCCAGUUUUACAACAAGAAAGGUAGUCACUGUAUGCAGCAACACAACUGCAACAAGCUUCAUGUUUGUCAACACUUUCUCAAGGGGAGAUGUAAAUUUCCUCGAUGCAUAAUGUCCCAUAACCUCUUGGAUAACCAUGCAUUGAGAGUGUUGGACAAUGGAGGCAUUGAUGGAAAGACAGCUUCAAACUUCCAGGAGAUAUGUGAUUACAAGCAUAUAGAAUUCAACAGGGAACAGAAGAAGGUGUAUGUACCCAACUACAGAAAUGAAUAUUGGAAAAAGCCAGCAGUUACAAGGAUUAAAGAAGUGAAGACAACUUUGGAAACAGUGCAGAGCACACUGGAUGUGCCACCUUCAGGAGGUGCCAGUAGCACCGUGCCUGCCCAGAGCCAAGACCAGUUGCCAAAGGGAGCAGGAGAUAAAGAUAAAGGUGCCAGUAGCACUGUGCCUGCCCAGAGCCAAGACCAGCUGCCAAAGGGAGCGGGAGAUAAAGGUGCCAGUAGCACCGUGCCUGCCCAGAGCCAAGACCAGCUGCCAAAGGGAGCAGGAGAUAAAGAUAAAGGUAAAAAGGACAGCUCCUCUGAUGAAGCUUCGAAGGACAACAAAAAAGUUAACUGUGAUGAGAUCUGUUUGUUCUAUGUCUGGAAAUACUGCAAAAACAAGGAUAAAUGCAAAUCUGUUCAUUACCAUUUGCCAUAUAAAUGGGAGAUACACGAUGGAUUGAACUGGAAUACACUUUCCAUGAUGGAGGAAAUUGAAAAGGCCUAUUGUGACCCAAAGAACAGCAGCUUCCCAAGUAAGAACAUUAAUUUCCAGACAAUGACCUGCUCUUCUUCUUUGGUUCGACGCCUCUCUACACCAUCAUCAGUCACAAAACCCACAUUCCUGCUGACCACACAGUGGAUUUGGUACUGGAAGAAUAACCAAAACGAGUGGAUUGAAUAUGGAGAGCAGGAAGAAGGGAACAGCACGACCUCACCAUCUUCUGCUAUUAUUGAGAAUUUGUAUCAAGCAGAUCCAUGUGCCAUUGUACCUUUCCAAGCUGGCCAACAUCAGUAUGAACUCAAUUUUAAAGAAAUGACUCAGACAAACAUCAGUUUUAAAACUCGAAGACAGGUUUGCAGGCGACCAAAAUUUGUGUCUUCUGAAGAUGUGCAGAAGAUAAAGACAGGCAGCCAAAGGGAUUCUUCUAUUCCAAAUCAGACCUGUCCUAGUCACUGGGAUGCAUCUGCACUGCCUGACUUUGGAUACAAGGCAGUGGUGAUCAGCAGCACAACCUCUGAAUACAAUGAAAUAAAGCAGCUGUUUCAUCAGACUAUGAAAAAUUACAGCAUCCUUAAAAUACAGAGGAUUCAGAAUCCAUCCCUCUGGAAGGUGUUUCAGUGGCAAAAAGAGAAGAUGAAAAGGGAAAAUGGAGGAAAGGAAGUUCAGGAAAAACGCCUGUUCCAUGGAACUGACGUCACCUCCAUGGAAACGAUCUGCAGUCAGAACUUUGACUGGAGAAUUUGUGGAAGCAAUGGAACUAACUAUGGGAAGGGAAGUUACUUUUCUAGAGAUGCUCGCUAUUCCCAUGCCUACUGCCAGGCUGUGCUGCAGGAACGCUUCAUGUUCGUGGCUCGUGUUCUGGUUGGAGACUACGUUAAAGGCAACGCUGCCUACGUGCGGCCCCCCAUGAAGUGUGCUGACAAGCUGUGGUUAUAUGACAGCUGUGUGGAUGACGAGUUAAAUCCUUCUGUUUUUGUUGUCUUUGAGAAACACCAGGUUUACCCAGAGUACAUAAUAGAGUAUAAAGAGGAGAGAAUAAGAGAGCAGAAAGAGACGGGAAUACGAGAGGUGAAAGAGACAGGAAUAAGAAUGCCUAGAGAGGAGGGAAAAAAAUGUGUUGUAUCUUAGAGGAACGUGGCAGUUUGUGUCCCUCAUCUUGUUUUCCGGAUUGCAGGUGUUCUACUAUUUGGUGACUUCUUUCUUUUUAAUACAGUUCUUCAGAAUGUUAAUCCAAUUUUUGCAUUGAGGAGGGCUGGCAAAGCGGAUGUUACAUUUGUUGUUACUGCCUUAUCUUCUUCUCUUCCUCUCUUAAAUGAAGCGCAGACAUUUUGAUAACCAGAGCAGAAAAAUGAGAAUUGUGGGAUGGGAAAUUGAAUGUUAGGACUGCUGUGGGCAAAUAAUUGCAAAUGCAUCGUCUAAAAAAAUAGAGAGGACUUCUCUUCGCAAACAAUUAAAAGAAAGAUUAACAGUACAUUAGUUUUAAAGGAAGCUUUCACAUUUUUAGUAGCCAGAGAUUUUUCUCAGUGCAGAAUUCAUCUGCUCUUGAUUCUCUCAUCUAUCAUUAUUAUAAACAACUCAGUGUAGGUAAUAAUGACUUGAGUUUGUUUUCAAAGCACUGCUUUUAAUGCUGGUACAUGUUUUGAGUUAAAAUGAUAAACAAAAAAAGAAAAAGCGUAUUUUAAAUCCAUGUUGUCAGUUCUCGAGAAUUUUCAUCUGUACAAUGGCAGAUGGAUCAAAAAGCUGUUGGAUCAGAUUCUUUGUGGAAAUGAGCAGCAACUUGCUGUAACCUAUACAAAAGCAGAGCUCAACUGAAACUGUGAAAGCCACCACAUGUGAGUAAGCAGAUACCAAAAUUUGGUGGUUUGGCUGUACCUAAUGGCCAUAAGGACACAAAGGCUGUGUCCCAACGAGCCAGGCUUUCCAGUGGAUAUGGCCACGUAGCACAACAGGACAGGAGAAGCUUCUUAAGGAUCAUAGAGAUGUUCUGUCCUGUUUGUGCAAUAAUUUUCGUUUUUCCAGAUUAGAAUGGGACCAGAAGAGACCAGUUAGGUUCUCUUGAGGCCAGUGGUAGAACUGCUGUCCUGAGGCACCAUCCGCAUGUUCUACUGCCCACUUGUGUGGGGCAGGGUGCUGACAAGUGGGGAUCCUCUUCUUGUUUUGGAGGUGAACCUGGGCAAGAAACCUCUGCAAUUUCUGCUGGAUGUUAGCAGGGAGUCUGUAAGUGGAUCAAACUGUAAGUCCUCUGUACAAAAUGCCAUAUUCAGGCAGUUUAGCUGUUCAGAGGGAAACGAUGUGACAACAGAGAAGCAGUAACUUUUACCUUCAGAUAAGCUUUACAGAAACACCAAUAGCCUCUAAGGUUUUUGCAUCUAUGAUAGAAAUCUGUCAACUACUCAAAGAUAUCAAGUUCUUCCCAAGAGGAACAGAAAAAAUAAAUCCAGAAAAUCUUACGAAAAUCACUUGGAACUAAAUGAAAACAUGCGGAGAAGAUUUUAACACUUUUUAAGAUCUCUUUUUCUCUUGUUUGCCUGUAGAAUUCCUGAAUUACUGAGCUUGUUGCAUUUGCAAAUAAAACCUGUUUUUAGGCA